CUCUUGGCGAGUCUUCUGCACUAGCCUGGUCUCAGCGAGCUCAAAAUUUCACUGUCCACUGUCGCUUCCGAGGGGCAGGAGCGGAGGCGCUUCGCGGGACCCGUGGCGGGAAGCGAGAACCGGAGGAGCGGGGGAGCAUGGACCAAACCCUGCUGCUCUGGCACCAUGACGCUCGCCCGCUUCGUGGUAGCUCUGGUUUUAGGGGCGCUCCCCGAAGUGGUCGGCUUUGAUCUAGUCCUCAGGUAUCCCCUCCACCACCGUUAUCGCCAUUCGCUCCCUCCGGGUCCCCCGCACCCUUACUACCUUCCCACCCAGCAGCGGCAACAGAGGACGCCUCCGUCGCCCUCUCUCCCGCGCGUCCCGCGCGUCCCGCGCCCCCCGCCCGCGCUCCAUGCCCAGCGCCUGCACGCCCUCCAUGCCGGGCGCACGCCCGGGCCGCACCCCGGGGACUGCCCGGCCGGCGAGCCCUGGGUCAACGUGACGGACUUCGGCGCCCCGUGUCUGCUCUGGGCAGAGGUGCCACCCUUCCUCGAACGGUCGCCCCCGGCGAGCUGGGCUCAGCUGCGAGGGCAGCGCCACAACUUCUGCCGGAGCCCAGACGGCGCGGGCAGACCCUGGUGCUUCUAUGGGAACGCCCACGGCAAGGUGGACUGGGGCUACUGCGACUGCAGACACGGGUCAGUACGACUUCGAGGUGGCAAAAAUGAGUUUGAAGGCACAGUGGAAAUCUAUGCGAAUGGAGUUUGGGGCACAGUGUGUAGCAGCCACUGGGAUGAUUCCGAUGCAUCAGUCAUUUGUCACCAGCUGCAGCAGGGAGGAAAAGGAGUAGCAAAACAAACCCCGUUUUCUGGACUGGGCCUUAUUCCCAUUUAUUGGAGCAAUGUCCGUUGCCGAGGAGAUGAAGAAAAUAUACUGCUUUGUGAAAAAGACAUCUGGCAGGGUGGGGUGUGUCCUCAGAAGAUGGCAGCUGCUGUCACAUGUAGCUUUUCCCAUGGCCCAGCGUUUCCUGUCAUACGCCUCGUGGGUGGGAGCAGCGCCCGGGAAGGCCGAGUGGAGCUCUACCAUGCUGGUCAGUGGGGGACUGUCUGUGAUGACCAGUGGGAUGAAGCAGAUGCAGAAGUGAUCUGCAGGCAGCUGGGCCUGAGUGGCAUUGCCAAAGCAUGGAACCAGGCAUAUUUUGGGGAAGGCUCUGGUCCAAUAAUGUUGGAUGAGGUACGCUGUACUGGGAAUGAGCUUUCUAUUGAACAAUGUCCAAAGAGUUCCUGGGGAGAGCAUAACUGUGACCAUAAAGAAGAUGCUGGAGUGUCCUGUACCCCUCUGACAGAUGGGGUCAUCAGACUUGGAGGUGGUAAAGGCAGCCAUGAGGGUCGCCUGGAGGUGUAUUAUAGGGGACGGUGGGGGACUGUCUGCGAUGAUGGCUGGACUGAGCUGAAUACAUAUGUGGUUUGCCGACAACUGGGAUUUAAAUAUGGCAAACAAGCCUCUGCAAACCACUUUGAAGAAAGCACAGGGCCCAUAUGGUUGGAUGACGUCAGCUGCUCUGGAAAAGAAACAAGUUUCACUCAGUGUUCCUGGAGGCAGUGGGGAAAGCAUGACUGCAGCCAUCGGGAAGAUGUUGGUAUCACCUGCUACCCUGGUGGCAAUGGACACAGACUAUCACUGGGUUUUCCUAUCAGACUGAUGGAUGGAGAAAAUAAGAAAGAAGGACGAGUGGAGGUUUUCAUCAAUGGCCAGUGGGGAACAAUUUGUGAUGAUGGGUGGACUGAUAAGGACGCAACUGUGAUUUGUCGCCAGCUUGGCUACAAGGGCCCUGCCAGAGCAAGAACCAUGGCUUACUUUGGGGAAGGGAAAGGCCCCAUCCAUGUGGAUAAUGUGAAGUGCACAGGAAAUGAGCGGUCCCUAGCUGACUGUAUCAAACAAGAUAUUGGAAGACAUAACUGCCGCCACAGUGAAGAUGCAGGGGUCAUUUGUGAUUAUUUUGGCAAGAAGGCAACAGGUAACAGUAAUAAAGAAUCCCUCUCAUCUGUUUGUGGUUUGAGAUUACUGCACCGUCGGCAGAAGCGGAUCAUUGGUGGGAAAAAUUCUUUAAGGGGUGGUUGGCCUUGGCAAGUGUCCCUCCGGCUUAAGUCAUCCCAUGGAGAUGGCAGGCUCCUUUGUGGGGCCACACUCUUGAGUAGCUGUUGGGUCCUUACAGCAGCACACUGCUUCAAGAGGUAUGGUAACAGUACAAGGAGCUAUGCUGUUCGGGUUGGGGAUUAUCAUACUCUGGUGCCAGAAGAGUUUGAAGAAGAAAUUGGAGUUCAGCAGAUUGUGAUUCAUCGGGAGUAUCGACCUAACAGCAGUGACUACGACAUCGCCCUGGUUAGAUUAGAAGGACCAGAAGAGCAGUGUGUCAGAUUUAGCAGCCAUGUUUUGCCAGCCUGUUUGCCACUCCGGAGAGAGAGGCCACAGAAAACCGCCUCCAAUUGUUACAUAACAGGAUGGGGAGACACGGGACGAGCCUAUUCAAGAACUCUACAACAAGCAGCCAUCCCCUUACUUCCCAAGAGGUUUUGUGAAGAACGUUACAAGGGUCGGUUUACAGGAAGGAUGCUUUGCGCUGGAAAUCUACAUGAACACAAACGUGUUGACAGCUGCCAGGGAGACAGCGGAGGACCACUCAUGUGUGUUCGGUCAGGAGAGAGUUGGGUUGUGUAUGGGGUGACCUCCUGGGGGUAUGGCUGUGGAGUCAAGGAUUCACCUGGUGUCUAUACCAAAGUCUCAGCCUUUGUACCUUGGAUAAAAAGUGUCACCAAAUUGUAAUUCUUCACGUGGAAGCUUCAAGAGAAAAUACUGGAAAAUGUUCAACAUCCACAUUAGCACUCAGCCAGAGAUGCCAGCCAACGGAGAUGAGAGCCAUGUUCCUUCUUUUGUGUUGUGAUUAAAUCAUGUGCACCAUUGCUGCUUGAGAAUUUGUGAUGUGAAUAUUGUUAGAUACCUCAGUGUAGUACUAAUUACCCUUAACUAGCAUUGUGGCCCACCCAAAAACUACUCUGGAGUCUUUAUUAGCAUUCUCCAGAGAUUACUGUGUAUCAAGAGUGCAGUAAGGCUGUUUUUACAUUCAUUUGGAUUUAGAGCUUAUAACUCAAUCAAUACUGUUUAUACUAGAGUCAAGGAGUGGCAUUUAAUUAAGCUCAGAUUUUCUUCAAAAGGCUAAGACAUCUUCACACAUUGAAUCUCUGUAGCCUUUAACAACUGAGGAAAUCAACGGCCAAAAAAGUGAAGGAAUUCCAUUAUAAACCUAGACUAGGAUCAAAUUUGGAAGAAUUCCUGAUGAAUGUCUUCAAGUUGUUGGAUGUACAACCUAAUGUAUCCACCUUAUUAACAUCCUCUAGCAAUUACUUUCAGCUACUUCAAAUUUACAACUUGAUAAAAUUUUUCCUUGGCAUUAUGUGGUUUGCUGGACCAUGAUUUAAGAGUGCCAUCUAUUGCAACUUUCUUGUAAUGACUAAAAUCUGUAGACUUCCACUAUCCUGAUAGUCCCAGCUAAUAAAAAUACUGUUAAAAAUGCUUUCUCUGCUUAGUGAGAAAAAGCUCUAAAAGAAUUUAACUGUUUCAACCGCUUUAAUUAACGCACCAGCUAUAUGCUAGGCACUGCUUUAAGUGGCUAUGGCCUUCAAUGACCGUUUUAAAAAGGCUGGUAAUGUUUUAUAGUAUCCCUAGCUUUCAAACAGGCCCAGAGGCCAAGGUGAGACCAUAGGAUCCAAACUUCUGGAGCCCCAGUGCUGAUCAGGUCAUUUUCAGCCUCCACUGCUGAGUAAAGGCAAGUUUUCCCUCUGGCUAUUUCUCAACACAAUUAAGGGACAAUUAAGGGUGCUUUACUAUACACCCUUUCAGGACAUUCUUGAUUAGCAAUGCAAAAUCUUAGGCCAAACAAAAAAGGCUUGCCUCUCAGGCUACUUAAUUAAUCACAAUGAUUGCUAAUAUCAAGGGCCCUUCAGUGUUUUAAAGUUUUUGUAGAUCCAUCCAAGAAAUAGAUGCAUAAAAACAGGUGAAAAAAAUCAGUGUGAACUUUAGGAUUAGAUCAUGUUAUGUAAUCCUUUUCAAUGGCUGUAUUAAUAUGGAGGGGACUUCACCUCUUUCCCCACUGCAUCUACUUGUACCCUUUUUGUAAAUCCUCAGCUUUGUAAAAAACUGGUGCUAACGUAAAGGUGCUUUAUAGUUUACGAUUUUGCAGGACUGCAAUGCUAUGUCAGGCAGAAUAACGUUAAACCUUUUGUAAAAGCUCAAGGUUUUGAUAAAGGCAGAACUUUUCAAGCAUUUACAACUAGUGAUGAUAGCGGUACAGACAGUGCACACUUGCACAAGGGCUGAGAAAACGUGCAAUACAGGAGAGAAAAUUUAUCUUUACGGAAACUUCGCACAGGCCACCUUUAUAACGAAAGUAUAGUGCUGAUGCAAGCAACAUUUAUACUGAAAUUUUAAUAGACUGGAUCGGGAAACUACUUGGCUCAUAAAAUAUGCCUUGAUAAUAGCUAAUUUUUUUUUCUUGUUAAAUGUUAAGUGUGACCUUUAAAAGACACAAGUGUUCAGUGCACAUCUGUGUGAAUAAAGUGCUUAGCUGCUCA